AACCUCGUAGAACUGUCUAUAUUUAUUUUUUUAUUUUGCUAUUAUACCCUUCAUAUCUCUUCACACUCCUCUUCUAGAUCCCUCUCUAUCUCUUCACUUCACCCUUUUACAUUAUCAUCAUUAUUCUCUCAUUCAUCACUAUGAGUGUUUUUCAUCUUCAUUGAUUUUUUCAAUCUUCAUUGAAAUUUUCAGUGUUUCAUUUUUUUAUACAAUUUCCAAAUCUGAAAAACAAUGAUUCACCUUACAGUUUCAUCACACAAUAACCUCUUAACAGUUAUCAACAAACCAAAUUUACAUAAACAUCGUACACCAAAACCUUCAAGAACUAGAACUAUCGUAACAUGUUCACAACACCACAAGAAUCAUAGAAACUUCGUUGAAAAACCACAACAACAUCAACAAGCUACAUUCAUGGUUGAUGUUGAUACACAUCAAAGAUUUGUUGUUAGAGAGAACAGGAAGAAGAAAGAAGACGGAAAGAGUGUGUUGCAUGAGAAAGAGGAGAAGAAGAAGAAGGGUUCAAGUGGUGGAACUCAAAUUGGAAGUAAACAAAUGGUUAUAUUGUGUGGAUUUGGGUAUUGGUUACAAGGGUUUAGGUGUUUUCCUUGGCUUGCUCUUAAUUUUCAUAUGGCUAGUAGUCUCAAUUUGGACCCUUCGUUAUUGCAACUUGUGCAGUAUUCUGCUAAUCUUCCUAUGGUGGCUAAACCUCUCUAUGGAAUCCUUUCUGAUGUUAUCUAUGUUGGUGCUGCUCAUAGAAUCCCUUACAUUGUCAUUGGAGUUAUUUUGCAGAUCUUUGCAUGGAAUUAUUUAGCAUUUGUUCCUGCUGCACGCGAAGUGCUUACUGUCUUAGUUGGAAUAGUUCUUCUCAGUAACUUGGGAGCAUCCAUUACAGAAGUUGCAAAGGAUGCUCUUGUAGCCGAGUACGGCAAGAAACACAAAAUUAGCGGCCUGCAAUCAUACGCGUUCAUGGCUUUAGCCGCAGGUGGAAUCUUAGGCAACUUGAUCGGUGGUUAUUUUCUACUGAAACUGCCUCCGAGAAUCAUGUUCAUUAUAUUUUCAUCCUUACUAUCUCUACAACUAGCGAUUUCUUUCUCAACAAGAGAGGAUUCUUUAGGCAUACAGAAACCGUCAAGUCAAAAUCUCGCAACACCAUCCAUCUCGGAAAAUAUCAGAAUACAGGUGUCGGAUCUUAUCGAGGCUAUUAGCGAUAAAAGUAUUUCUCGCCCUCUUUUAUGGGUUGUUGGAUCAAUUGCCAUGGUUCCUAUGCUUACAGGCUCCGUAUUUUGCUAUCAGACACAGUGUCUAAAUCUCGAUCCUAUGAUCAUCGGUUGGUCUCGAGUGAUAGGUCAGUUGGUGCUUCUCUCAGGAACCGUACUUUAUAACCGAUAUUGGAAAAAGUUUCCAAUGAGAAAGCUAAUAGGCGCGGUGCAGAUUCUAUACGCGACGUCUCUACUUCUUGAUCUUGCUUUGGUUAGACAGAUAAAUCUUCAAUUCGGGAUUCCAAAUGAGGUCUUCGCUCCUUGCUUUUCGGGUUUAGCGGAAGUUCUAGCACAGUUUAAACUCCUUCCUUUCUCGGUUCUAUUCGCAAGCUUAUGUCCAAAGGGUUGUGAAGGAUCUCUCACCUCUUUCCUUGCAUCCGCUUUGAUCCUAUCGUCAAUUGUUAGUGGAUUUCUCGGUGUUGGAUUGGCCUCUUUGCUCGGCAUUACAUCCGGUGAUUACUCGGGCUUGACAGUUGGAAUUCUCAUACAAUUCGUCGCAGCUUUACUACCUUUAAGAUGGAUUGGUUCAGUACCGAUGUCACCGCCUGAUUCAGAGGAGAAGCAACGGAGAAAGAGUAUGAGUAGAAGAGCGCGAAGAAACAGAAGAGUUGGAAAAGUUGUGAUCAGUUCGAUUAAUGCCUAUAGGCGCGAAAGAGAAUGGGAACCACAAAGUUGAAAAUAAUAUGACCUCCGCAACUUUCAAAGGAUAGGACUUCGACAAACCACCUUGUCGAUUCGUCAAAGGUGGUUUCUGAGACGGAGAAUGCUAACAAGUGCUCUUACGACAUUGAUUAAGGAAUCAAAGAGGGAAGUUUUGUAUAGAAGAAUGAUGUAAGUAUUACAUGGACAAUGUCCUAAGAUAUUCAUUAACAAGAUCAAAUGUUAACUGAUCUCGAAUAUUCGUCUCUCGAUUGAUAUGAUUACGAGUUUGUUGUAUACACACCAUUUGAUUGAAUCAUAAAAGUAUGAAAGUCUCAUGUGUACCACUA